AUGGGGCCCGCCCGUGAGGGCACCGUCUCCACCGCAAGAAAGAGGGGGCCCACCGCCACCGCGGCAAUCACCAACACCACCACCACCCUCACCACCAUGGUCAGAUACAGAGAAUGCCUCAAGAAUCACGCCGUCAGCAUCGGUGGUCACGCCGUCGAUGGCUGCUGCGAGUUCCUGGCUGCCGGGGACGAGGGAACAAUGGACGCGCUCAUAUGCGCCGCCUGCAACUGCCAUCGCAACUUCCACCGCAAGGAGCCCGAGGGCGAGCUGAUUCAUCACCACCAGGGUGGUACUACGGGGCCCUACCACCAGAGCGGUGGGUCCCACCACCACCUCCUCCAGCACCAAUUUUCUUCGGGCUUCUAUCGCCCACCACCACCGCCAUCUGGCUACCUGAUCACCUCUCCGCACGCAAGGCCCACUAUGACCUUGCCUGCGGCAUCAGGCGGUGGCGGUGGGUCUCAUAGCAGGGAGGAUGGUGAGGAUGUCUCAAACCCCAGCUCGAGUGGCGGUGGCGGUGGAGGAGGGGGAGGAUUUGGGAUAAAUAAGAAGAGGCACCGGACCAAGUUCACGCAGGAGCAGAAGGAAAAGAUGCUGGAGUUUGCGGAGAAAGUUGGGUGGAGGAUUCAGAAGCAUGACGAGGCAGCGGUGGAGGAGUUUUGUGGAGAGACUGGAGUGAAGCGACAGGUUCUCAAGGUUUGGAUGCACAACAACAAGCACACCCUCGGUAAGAAAUUAGGGCCUUAA